GAAGAAGAAGGUGAGCAUGAAGAAUGGGAGAAAGCUGAGUUUGGUGUAAAUCACUUAUUUGAGUUCGCUGAUGAGGACAGCGCCACAUGGGAAUGCACACUAUUACAUUUGGCUGCUGCAGGUGACUAUAUUAAGAUAGUAAACGCUCUAUUAGCAGGAGGCGCAAGUGUCAAAGCAGUAGAUGAAAACUAUGGACUUACUCCUUUGCAUUGGGCUGCUAAAAACGGUUAUACUAAGAUAGUAGAAGUUCUAAUAAAAAGCUGUGCAUAUGUUAACGCAGCAGACAAAUAUGGAAGGACUCCUUUGCAUUGGGCUGCUGAAAACGGUUAUAUUAAGAUAGUAGAAGUUCUAUUAGAAAAUGGUGCAAAAGUUAAUGUAGUAGAUAACAAUGGAUGUACUCCUUUGCAUGGACCUGCUGCAUGUGGUAAGGCAGAUACAGUAAAAACCCUAAUAAAAAAAAGGGCAAGUGUUAACGCAGCAGAUAGACUGCAACGAACUCCUUUGCAUUUUGCUGCUAGAUAUGGUCAUACUGAGACAGUAGAUACCCUAGUAGAAAAAGGUGCAAGUGUUAACGCAGCAGAUAAAUUGAAACGAACUCCUUUGCAUUUUGCUGCUAGAUAUGGUCAUACUGAGACAGUAGAUACCCUAGUAGAAAAAGGUGCAAGUGUUAACGCAGCAGAUAAAUUGAAACGAACUCCUUUGCAUUUUGCUGCUAGAUAUGGUCAUACUGAGACAGUAGAUACCCUAGUAGAAAAAGGUGCAAGUGUUAACGCAGCAGAUAAAUUGAAACGAACUCCUUUGCAUCUGGCUGCUGAAAAUGGUCAUACUAAGAUAGUAGAUGCUCUAUUAGCAAAAGGGGCAAAUCCUUUAUUAAAAAACAAAGAAGGGGUAACCGCAAGCGGCCUUGCUCGGAAAGAGGGUCACACAAAAGUGGCUGAGCUUUUAGAAAAAGCGGAAGCAAAGAAACAAGGUAUUAUUUACGGCGGUACAACAGCAGCAGUAGGUUCUGCAGUAGCAGUGGCACUAUUUGCAACUGAUGUGAUUACAGUUGAGCUGACUUCUAUAGUAGCAGCAGUAGCUGCAAUUGUAGUGGCAUCACUGGCUGUUGGUGGUAUUACAUAUAGUGUGUUGAGGCCUAGCACUGAAGUGAAUGAAGUACAAAAAGAUCAAGUCAUAGGUGAUAAUCAGCAUGUUCCUUUAUAG